UUUCGUCGCAAUGUCCUUAUUCAAACACAGACCGUUAAAUCUUCACGACAAGGAGAUUCUCCUCCUUCGCCUGGACGGAAAUGAGGAUGAGUCGUCACCUAUAUGCGUCACCCUCCAGCACGCAAAGCUGUGGGAGGUGGAAUAUAACGCGUUGUCGUACGAAUGAGACCCAGACAUAACCACCUACGAUGCUACCAUCAACGAUGAGAACGGAGACACAGGCCGGUUCUUUGUGCGAGACAAUCUAUACGAGUUCUUCUUAGCAGCUCGUAAGUCAAAUGACGCAUGGACUACCGAAUAAAUCUGGAUCGACCAGAUAUGCAUCAACCAAGCUGACCAUGAGGAGCGAUGUUACCAGGCUGCUCAAAUGACGGAGCUAUUGUUUGUCUCUUCGGGCACGAUCAUAUGGCCAGGAAGAUUGCCUGCAGUCAAAGAAGGACUGCUCGAUCUGGGUCGUUCUCAAAAGUUUGGCACCAGCAGGUUCAGUACAGAGGAACUGAAA